UCGGAACAAUUAUUGAUUUUUCGGUCUCCAGCGAUGGCUACGUCAAACUUCUCUACAUACAUUAGUAAGUAACCGAACGAUAAGGCGUAAUCUAAUAUCUAGCGCCACAGAAACGACGGCGGCGCUUUCGCUCCAGUUUUAGUGUAGCUUUUUAGUGUUUAGGUUGCAUGUCGAAUUCGUCGCGAUAACUUACUAAGAGUGAAGAAAAUCGUGAUAUCGUUGAAAUACCGCGCAAUCAUACGAGCGAAUGCAUUUUGUGCAAUUGCAAAUUUUAUAUUAAAGUGACUUUUAGUGCAGUUUUAAAGCAGAACAUCAAAAUGAAAACAGGAUUCGCUGCGGAGCCGAGCUACGAGCCGGACUAUGCGGAGAAGAGAAUGGCCGAGUUCAAGGAAGAUCCUGAAAAUAUGAAAAUUGUCCAGGAUUUUGUCGAUGAUGUCUUACGGAUAGCUCAAAUGGAAAGUGAGCAGAAACUUAAAUCGCAACAGGGACGUGGAAAAUCUUCCCGUGAAAAUUCAGUUUUAUCCAGCUUUAGAAAUGGUCGCAUUGUGCAUCGGGCUCGAGGAGUCAUGACCCGGCUAUUCGACAUAAUCUGCAACUGCGCCAAUUCAGCUACAGUUCCAGCCCAACGUCUAUCAACCAAAAGAUCUUCAAAAAAUUAAAAGGAGCCUAGCUUUCUACAACCCAUUAUAAUAUGGAAUAAUGUCUCGUGAAUUUUAAAUCCAUUUAGGUUAUUUUUUUAUUUAAAUUAAUAUUAAGAGAUAAUCAAUCAACGUUUCACGAAAUUAUCACAUUCUUCCAGACAACCAUUUAGUAUUAAUACCGGUUGGUAUAAAUGUUUGGCAAUCCCACAAAAAAAACGUUUAUAAAUCAGUACGAAAUUAUAAUAAAACGCAGGAAAAAUGAGAAAAAAAUCAAUUAGAUUAUGUGAUGUCUGUACCAAAACUAUUUGUAUAUUUAUUUUUACUCUACCCUUUUCUAUGUACGAUAUAUGUAUUGGAAAAAGAAUGGAUUUGAAUAAAACUAAACUACAAU